UCGUCUAGGUUGGCAACACUGAACCGUUUCCUAACCUCGGAACUUGUUGUUAUUGUCGUACGUAAUCAAUGAUUUUCAUUUGUGACAAGUGACCUGUAGUUGUUUUUAUUUCGAAUUUUUGUUCAAACGGUAGAAAUGACGCGUCAUGCAAGAAACUGCACCGCAGGUGCGGUUUACACGUAUCAUGAGAAGAAAAAAGAUGCAGCAGCUUCAGGAUACGGAACGAAUAGCCAGCGAGUUAACAAAGAUUCUUUGAAAGAUUUCGACUGUUGUUGCUUGACGUUACAACCCUGCAGAUAUCCUGUUGUAACAAAGGACGGCUACUUGUUUGACAAGGAGGCGAUAUUGGAGUAUAUAUUAACUAAAAAAAAACAGUACGCCAGGAAGCUGAAGGAGUAUGAAAAACAACGGGACAAAGACGAUGAAGAGAAAAAGGAACAAUCUGCUAAUGAGGAACUACAAAAACUUCAAAAUUUCUUGAAAGCUGAGAAAAACAUUGUCUCCCAAAACAAAUUGCCAGCCGAUGAACCUGGCAGCUCGUCGAUCUCAAAUAUGAGUAACGGAAGAGACAAAACGUUGCCCAGUUUUUGGAUACCGGCGAAAACGCCGCAAGCCAAAGAAGUGGCGUUACAAAAGCCUGACAAAAAUAUUUACUGUCCUGUCAGCGGGCAGGUCUUAAAAUUGAAGGAUCUCAUACCAGUCAAAUUCACAGAGGUCAAUGACCCCGAUGACAAAAAGUCGCUAAUACUCAAACAGGCACGAUAUAUGUGCCCUAUAACACAUGACGUGUUGAGCAACAGUGUACCUUGCGCUGUUAUAAAAACAACAGGACACGUCAUUACAAUGGAAUGCGUGGAAAAGAUAAUAAAGAAGGAUUGGAUUCAUCCCUUAGAUGGCAGUACAUUGAGAGAAAGUGAUAUCAUACCUUUGCAGAGGGGAGGUACCGGAUACGCUGCUGCUAAUGACUCGCUUGAAGGAAAGCAUCAACGACCUGUCUUACAAGCUUAGCUUUUCUAUCAGACACCGUUUAUCCUGUAUAACCUACUAAAUCUAUGUUAUUGUUGCUUCUUUCAUAUAAUGAUGAAUAAAUAGUUAUUCCUAU